AUGGCUAAUUACUCUCAGCCCCACAUUUGCCACUGCCUCAGCCGCAUAGCCACUCUCCGGCGAAAUUCUCCCGUCACCAUCACCGGCGACCGGCAUAGGACAGGCCCGGAGUUGGUGGACGGCGUGUUGCGCCUUGCUAGUGGUCUGCUCAGCCUCGGCAUCAGCUCCGGCGACGUCGUUGCCGUCGCCGCCUUGAACAGUGACUUGUAUUUGGAAUGGUUACUUGCAAUAGCAUUUGUGGGAGGGAUAGUUGCUCCUUUGAAUUACCGAUGGAGCUUUGAAGAGGCUCUUUUUGCAGUGGAGGCAGUGAGGCCAGUGAUGUUAGUGACAGAUGAGAGCUGUAACACUUGGUCUUCGCAGCUCCAAAAUUUUCAUUUACCUUUUCUGAGGUGGCAUGUUUCCUUGGAUUCCUCCGCCUCAGAUUUCUUAAGGAAUUCAUUAACUAUUGAAACGAUUAAGAAGCAUUCCUUGAAUGAUUUUUCAUUGGAUUACUCAUGGGCACCUGAGGGUGCCGUUCUUAUAUGCUUCACUUCAGGAACCACAGGAAGGCCAAAGGGAGUCGCCAUUACUCAUUCAGCUCUGAUCAUACAGUCCCUUGCUAAAAUUGCCAUCGUUGGUUACAGUGAGGAUGAUGUAUAUUUGCAUACAGCUCCAUUGUGCCAUAUUGGUGGUUUGUCAUCAGCCAUUUCCAUGCUAUUGGUUGGAGCUUGUCAUGUUUUGAUGCCAAAGUUCGAGGCAAAAUCUGCCCUUGAGGUCGUACAGCAAUAUAGUGUCACUUCUCUAAUCACUGUUCCUGCAAUGAUGGCCGAUUUGAUUUCCACGGCAAGGGGAAAGACAACUUGGAAGCAGAUAGAGAGUGUCAAGAAGAUACUAAAUGGAGGAGGAGGACUAUCCGUUGAACUAACCAAAGAAGCUACAAAAUUAUUUCCAAGAGCUAAGCUUCUCUCAGCAUAUGGAAUGACGGAGGCAUGCUCUUCACUGACCUUCAUGACCCUGUAUGAUCCAACACUAGGAUCAAGUGUAGAUAAAAGAAACUCCAUUUUGGUUCACCAACCACGAGGCAUCUGUGUCGGAAAGCCUGCUCCACAUGUAGAAUUGAAGAUCUGUUUUGACGACUCUUCCUGCGUUGGGAGAAUUUUAACCAGAGGCUCACAUGUAAUGCUUGGAUAUUGGGAGCAAAAUCCCUUGAAAAAGGCAUCAAACUCCAUAAACCAGAAUUGGCUUGACACUGGCGACAUUGGAUAUAUUGAUGAACGUGGUAAUCUGUGGCUUAUUGGAAGAACAAAGGGUCGGAUCAAAAGCGGAGGAGAGAAUGUUUACCCCGAAGAGGUAGAGGCAAUUCUCUCCCAACAUCCAGGAGUUGCUGGCGUUGUUACUGUUGGAAUUCCGGAUUCUCGCCUUUCGGAGAUGGUUGUUGCUUGUAUUCAACUAAGAAGAGAUUGGCAGUGGACAAGAAGAAGUUUUGAGCACUCAACUGCAAAGCAAAAGGAGCUCUUAUCCCAUGAGAUUCUCCAACAGUUUUGUAAACAAAAUAAUUUAGCGCGGUAUAAGGUACCAAAGAAAUUUAUGGUGUGGAAUAAGCCAUUUCCACUCACAAGUACUGGCAAAAUAAUAAGAGAACAAGUUCAACGAGUAGUAGUGUCUCAACUACUAUCUUUCCAUAGCAACUUGUGA